AUGUCACGACGAAAACAACUGAAGCCACAACCAGUCAAAGAGGAUGGAUCCCAGUCCUGCAGCGACGACGGCAACGAAAACAACUCUAAAAGGAAGCGACUACUUUUUGAAAUCUCCCAAGUGAAACCUGAGCCAUGUGACGACGAGACGGAAUCGAUCGCGAAUUCAAUCAAUAAUGAGCUGAAACUUGAGUGCCAAUUCUGUGGUUCGUCAUUCGACUCGGUAUCCGACUUGCAGACGCACACCCUCCGAGAUCAUCUACCAGUGCCGGCGCCAUCAUUGGAAUGUCAGCACUGUUUUGCCGUGCUGCCAUCGUUUGCCGCAUUUGUGAUGCAUAUGAGAGGGCAUCUGAACGAUCGUGAAGAGACUAGCAGAUGUCCGCGAUGUCCCCUCUCCUUUAACGACACGCAGGUGGGCGGAGACAUCGUUUUUACGGCAAUUUCCGAAUGGAUAUACGCUUCAUAA